CGCGCGCAAGAUCCGAUCAAUAAUUUCAUCAUGGUUACUUCUGCUGCUGUUGCUGCUGCGGACGAGGAAAAGUGGUGUGUUGUCGCGGGCACUGUCUCCGAUACAAAAAGCCUCCGCUUGAUAUCAGAGUCGGACAGGACGGUCGAGAGGCGCGUGCAUGUCGUCGUCGAGGUUAUGGCGAUGUUGCUCGUCGCCGUAGCGCCCGACUCCAUUAUUUAUAGCGUCGAGUUUCUUGGCACGCGGCUCGCCCCGACUACUACAACUUCUUCUCUUUUUCUACUUGGCUACCAUCUGUGACUAUAUCAUCGCGUAUAUACAUACAUCCGUCGAUUUAGUGUCCGUACGCUCGUUGCCUCUUUCAUACCAAGUUUAACUAGCUACCUCCGUUGUGCACGAACGGCGGGAUAAGAAAAAAAAGAAAACAUGAAGAAACAAAACGUCAGGACACUAUCACUAGUCGUAUGUACGUUUACUUAUCUGCUUAUCGGAGCUGCCGUCUUCGAUGCCCUCGAAUCUGACACCGAGAGGAGACGCUGGGAAUUUUUGUCUGAGGUGCGUCGCAACAUGAUGAGAAAGUACAAUAUCUCAGUGGAAGAUUAUCGGAUGCUGGAAAUCGUAAUUAUCGAAAAUAAACCACACAAAGCUGGCCCACAAUGGAAAUUCGCAGGAGCGUUUUAUUUUGCGACGGUAGUUUUAGCUAUGAUAGGAUAUGGGCAUUCAACGCCGGUGACGGUCGGUGGCAAAGCCUUCUGCAUGGGUUACGCAAUGGUCGGGAUACCCUUGGGCCUGGUGAUGUUCCAGAGCAUUGGUGAACGUCUCAACAAGUUUGCCUCGGUGGUGAUACGCCAGGCCAAGAUUUACCUCAAGUGCCAAAAGACCGAGGCGACCGAAAUGAACUUGAUGUUGGCAACUGGCCUACUGUCGAGCGUCAUAAUUACAACCGGGGCCGCUGUAUUUUCACGUUACGAGGGUUGGAGCUACUUCGAUAGUUUUUAUUACUGCUUCGUUACUCUCACGACUAUUGGCUUCGGCGACUACGUAGCGCUACAGAACGAUCAAGCCCUAUCGAAUAAACCAGGAUACGUAGCUCUGAGCUUAGUGUUUAUUCUGUUCGGUUUGGCAGUAGUCGCCGCCAGCAUCAACUUGUUGGUACUUCGAUUCAUGACAAUGCAAGCAGCGGAGGAAGUCCGCCGCGACGACGAGUUACAAUCAGCCUCUCACCACGUACUGACUUUGGAUGGCGAAGUUGUAGCAGUGAAUGGCAAGCUGCUAGCGGGUCACAACAUCUGUUCGAACGACAACGAGGAUUGCGUAUCCGUCUGCUCGUGCACGUGUCUGGGAGCCACGAAUUCCGAACUGUUGGAUUCUUCGGGUUAUCAAGGUUAUAGGCCACCAUCGAUCACCACAAAUUUGCGCGUGAAACGCGCGUCCGUCUGAUGGAAGGAGUUUCGCCGGCGCAGCCUGCGCCGUCGGCUCUCACGGGUCGACAGCCGCGAGCUACUCGGCAUCGACGUCUAAUCGCUCGUCGUCGGUGUUUUUUUUCCUUCGCAGCUCGGCUGUAUAUAUCUGUCUCUUUACCCAUUUCCGAUGUCUAUUUGUAUUUAUCAGUGGUGUUUUAAAUAUUUGUAAGGACCAUUUAGACCUCAUGAUGUACAUAUUGAUUUAGAAUAUUUACGAUAAUUGAAACAGGAGUGGAAAACUGUGUAAUUUAAAAUCUAUUUCUACGAAUACGUUCAAAACGUAUUGUGGAUGAUUGACUAUUUGAAUGGUACAACGUUCCGUUCAGGUCGGUGGAAGAUUAUUUUCCUCUUUGCAUUUCUUUGUACAUAAAAUUACAAAGAUUCACGUAAAUGACGACUUAGAGAGUAUUUUAUAUGAUACCGAAAGUAUUUUUUGUCGUAGUCUCGAACAAUUGACAAAUUUAUACUUGUAUAGCUCGCUGUCGGAGGAAAACAAACACGUCUGAAAUAGUAGAGAACUUGAGGGUCUUUAAUCAAUGCCUUACGACUAGCAACUUAUUUCGAUUAUUGUUUGCGAGUGUUUUAUACAAACUUGAGUUUUUUUUUAUUAAUUCACAAUCUAACUUCUUAUUUCUUAGAAAGAAAACUAUUCAUAAAAAAUAUUUUAUUUUAUUUUAUGAAUAAAAUGUCUUGUUAUUAAUUUAAUUAGAUAUAUUUUCGAAAAUGUUUGUAGUAAAAGCAAUAUUUAAAUUACUUGGUUAAAAUUUCUUUUCUUUAUUCAUAAGUAAUGUUACCAUCUAAGUACGUUAAAAAAUGCUUGGGGUAGAAACUUAGUAAAUAUUGUUGUGCGUUAAAAAAAUGAAAAAAUCAUAAUAUAUAUCAGGUGAGUUUCAACGAACAUAAAAUUAUAUUAUGCCAAUAUAGUAUUACAACCAAAGAAGUUGAACAUUUGUAUGGAAUAGAGUUACUAUAGUUGCAAAUAGUACUUAUAUAAAAAUGUUUACAGUUUAGCGAGAUUAUAAAAUCAACGCACAAAGACACGAUUGUCAUAUGAUAAGACACACAAACUCGUAGAUCAAAAAUACCAUAGUUGCAUGUUUGAAUAUGAAAAAACCAUUGAGGCAUUGUGUGAUAGUCUUGUGGGUAGAAAAUUUUUAGCGUAAAUGUGCCAGUUAAUUCAUUGAUUUUGAAUCCGAAUAUUUUCUUAAUUUACAUAAGAUUAUAAAUGUAACUCCGUUUUAUUUAUAAAAUAUUUAAAAAUAAUAUAGACCAAAAAAUAUUUCACAAAAUAAAUAUAACUGCUUCGCGAUUUCGAAAAUGUGAUAAAGAAAAAUUAUAAAAACACAUUAAAAUAUUCAAAAACGAUCAGAAGACGUUUCUAGAUUUUUUACUUGUUAUUUUUAAAUGUUAAGGCUGCCUCAUACCAAUAACUAAAUAUAAAUAGUGACUGGAAAAAUAUUGUUGCAUCUUCCUUCCGAUGAUUUGUCGAAAUGAUACAUAUUAGAUGCUCGAAUAAAUUAAUAUUAAAAGUUGUAUUACCUAGAAUGCGAAUAAUCUAUCUUGUAUGAUUCUGUCCAGUAGUUUUGUCUUAAAAAAAUCAUAAAAUCAACGAUGAUUUUGAGCUGUGAUUGAUGUUUAUGUAACAUUUAGUAUAUAUUAUUUUGGCCGGAAAACUAUUGAAGGGAAGACGUGACAAAUUUUUCCCGUUCAUUAUAUAUAUUUAAAUAAGUAUAGUAUCAAUAUGGGAAGCCUGAAAAUAAUUCAUUUCUAUUAAUGUAAAAUAAAUGGGUUCUUAAAACGGUGCAUAGAUAGGUAAAUUGAAAUAUUUAGAUAUUAAAAUUAAAACGAUCAAGUCAGAAAUUAAAUGGAAAAAGAAAAGACUGAUAAAAUAAUAAUCAAUCAAUUAAACAAGUAUUGCCGUUAAUAAUCAAGAUUAUUUAUUUAUUUAAAUUCCAACAAUAUAGAUUUUCAUAAAAUCAAGUAACAGUCAAGUACAAG